GAAUUGGGCGAUCAGUUCCAGGCGUUAGAGCUGUCGGUAAAGGAGAGUAACGAUGUAGAGCUGGAUACCAAUGACGUUCGAUUAAGUGAUGAGGAAUGUCGCAGAAGUGUGCUGGGAAAGAUUAUUGGGGAUCGUAAGGCGAGUAUAUUUGGGCUGAAAAGGGUAAUGGGAAUAGUCUGGCAAACCAAUAUGGCUUUUGAAGUUAAGGAAGUGGGGGAAAAUUUUUUCCAAUUCAUCUUUGGCUGUAAGGAGGACAAGGAGAAGGUACUAGCAGGAGUUAACUGGGUAUUCGAAAAUCAAUACCUAGUGCUGCAAGAUUGGAGAGAGGGAUUAAUUGCUUCAGAUCCAGGGUUUGGUGAGAUAUCCUUAUGGGUGCAGGUUCAUAAACUACCAUUAAACUGGCUAAGCAUUGAGGUGGGCAGGAAGAUUGGGAAGCUAUUCAAGAAAAUCAAGAAUGUUAUUGUUGUCAAGUCAGGUGGCGUCCAUGGAAGUUACCUCAGGCUUUUGGUGUCACAUGACAUCGCAGAACCCAUUCUACGUUGCACCCAUAUCAAACUUGGAGAGCAGAGAUUGGGAGUUACUUUCCAGUAUGAGAAGCUAGUCAGUUGUUGCUUUUACUGUGGAUUAGUGGGACAUUUAGAGAGGGCGUGCACAGCUCGAGCUAACGAUAUUGAGGAAGGUAUUCAGAAAAUGGGGCAGUUUGGUGAAUGGUUGAAAGCGACGGAGACGGGGAAAACUGGAGGUUCUUCUCAAAAUUCAACUCCAUCCCAAACUAAUAGUAAUCUGCUGCAAUCUGGGAACCCAUCAAACACGGCUCAUGAGGAGGAGUUUGUUGCUGAAAAGUCUUAUGAGGAAACAGGUGCAGAACUUCCUUUGAUUCAUCUGCCCAAGGAUAAUAUGUCAGUCGCUCUGGUGGUCAAAUCCUCGGUUCCUGAGACAGCUGACAUUCCUAUGAGACAGGCUGAAGACCAGGACAUCCAAAUUGGAGGAGGACAAGAUUGGGUGGAGGAUAGAGGCAGUGUCAAAGCUAAAGAGGGCUCUAAAGGCAAGGGGAUUGUGAUAGAGAGGAGAGAUGAACAGUUGUGUUAUCAAGAGAUGCAGAAGCUGAAAUCUUCAACUUGGAAAAGGAAGAAAUCUGAAUCAGGCAGAUUGCAGAGAGCCAUGGAUACUAACUCUGAGGAGGAGAUUAUCAUGUUGGGCAAAAGAGGCAGAUCAAUCAUCUUACAG